UAACUCUAAAAGUAUAUUACAUUAGUCUUUUCAAGCUUAUCCACAGUUUCCAGUGAUUCCACAAAAACAUACCGUAGCCAAACGCUUAGCACAAUGUUUGAAUCCGGGAUUCCCUGCAGGUGUUCAUCAAAAGACGCUGGAUGUGUACGCCUACAUCUUGGAAACAAUUGGAACGGAUCAAUUGGCAGAUGACUUGGCUUUGUGGUCUCUCGGGUUAUUCCCUUUUGUACAAUACGCUGCGAUGCAUGUCAAGCCGCAAUUAUUGGAUAUCUUUGAAAAGUAUUAUUUUCCCUUGAAAUCACGUUUACGAGCAGCUAUGCGUGGAUUUAUAAUUGCAUUAUUACCGGCAUUGGAUGAGGAAGGAAGUGAAUUUUUUGACAAGGUCGUAGUGCUGAUGGAUCAUUUGUCGAAUACGGUCGAUCUUCCAUUCUUUUACAGUUGCAUGUGGCAUGUUAUGAUUGGUAAUCCCGGUUUGCGGCCACCUGCGCUCAAUUACUUGUUACGACGAUUACCCAAGAUAACAAAUGCAGAAGAGGUUGCGGUUGUUUUGGGAGGUGGCGAAUGUAUCAGUUACAUGGUCCGUGCAUUUGCUGCUACGCUAGGUGAUGCGCAAUUACUUGUGCAACGUGGCAUGCUAGAAUUACUCGUACAGAAUUUCGCAUUGAAGCACCGAACAAUACCACAUGACGAUCUUGUUGUACUUACGCGUUCGGCCCUAUCAAUUGUAUUGCGCAAAGACAUGUCCUUAAAUCGUCGAUUAUAUGCUUGGCUAUUGGGAGACGAGGGUACUUCACAAGCACAAAUGAAAUAUUUCAAUGCGUUCGGUGAAAAGGCAGCUACGCAAGCAGUACGAGGAUUAUUUUUCGCCACGACCAAUAAUAGUGCACUUUCAUCAUCGUCCUUACCACUACCAUUAUCGUCAUCAUCAGCAUCCGCUGCAGUAUCAACAUCAAAGCAACAACACCAUCAGCAAUUGCAGCAUAGCGAAGCGUAUAUUGUGGAAGCACAACGACCUUACAAGAUCCUCAUUUCAUUGUUGGACAAGUGGGAGAUUGGACAACCGAUUGUGCAAGGCAUCUUUACGGAUUCACUCGUCAGUCUGCAAACGCAAGUGCGUAAAGUUGAGUCAAGUGCAGAGAUUGUACAAACAGCGAAUAUGUGGAUGGAAAUGAUGGAGCCAUAUUUGAUUUGGAUGAAACUUUUUGCACUGUUUGAUGUAAACUUUCCCGACAAAUCUGGCGUGUUCAGGGCAUCCAAUUUGGAAACGAAUCUUAAAAAUCUUCAAUUGAUGGAGUUUACCUUGAAAUCGUACAAGUUUACGGAUGAAGAGAUUCGACAAAUGCAUUUGCCACUUGUUUUAUCGGCGAUGACACAGAAAUUACAGGAAUCGAUACGACAUCCAUCGUUUAUUGACAUGCUUCCAUUGGUCGACAAAUGCAUGCAAUUGAUUCAUACUAUUUUGGACAUGAUUCCAGAAAGCGCGUUUUGGGAUCGUCGAUCAUCGAAAAUGCCAGAAGCAGGAGGAGGAGGAGGAGGAGGAGGAGAAAACACAUCGGCAACAUCAGCAAAUCGAACCAAAGAGUUUCACAAUGGCAUGGAUGUGCUUGAAUAUACACACGAAUUUUAUGGCAUACGCACAAUUACCUCCGACCCAUCAAAACCAAACGGUCAUAACAGCAACAAUAGCAACAACAAUAGUGAUAACAUCAACAGUCAGAGUGACCGUAGUACUGCAGUUGUCAUCAAAGAGGCAGAAGACGAAGGCGAUCUUUCAAUAUCGACGGCAACAACAACAACAACAACCCACAGUUAUUCAGCAGAGAGUAACGGUGUCAAUGGUUUGACAACACAUAUCCUUGCAACGCGUCCACAAUACGGUCCCAUUCGAGGUUCGACAUUGGUAAAAGAAGUCAUGCAUCAACUGACGCAGUUUGUGUGUGGUAUUGUCACCAGUUAUAUCAUUCCACCCGAGAAAGAAGAAAGUAUUGGCGUGGAUGUCGGUAUGGAUGGCAAACGACUCCGUAGCAUUGAUGCACAGCUGGAAAAGGUGUUGCAUUCAGUAUGCUCUGCGCUUGUCGUGAUAGCCAAACGUGCAGACGAACGGUUUGUUUGGGACGAGAACGAAAAAUCACAGCUCACACAUACGUUACUCGAGUGUUGUGAGAAUGGACGAGAAUUUGGCGUGGUGGAUACUGGUUUAUCGACGUUGACGCAACUAAUGAAGAAACGACAUCGGUUUGUAAAAGAUGAUGCGCUCAAAAAGAGGACAGUAGCAAAACGAAUCAUGGACAAUUUGUGGGGAUUCUUGGCACCAGCAGCACCCUUAUUACAUAUGCGCACUGUACAGUUGAUAUGGCUGUUGACAAAGGCGACCCUACCACAUCAAAUCGAAACUGUCAUUUCAAGUUACUUGAUUACACACCAUGACGACAAUAACAACAACAAUGAACGAUUAUUGAACUAUGAAAAGUUUGGUAUUCUUUGGGAGUUCUCGGAAGACGUCUUGGAAACCGCCACGACAUUUGCACGACCCAUGUUUCUGAUUUUGGACUUGAUACAAGAAGGAGCAUCACCUGUGGACCGUCGUGUGGGCGAAACCUGGCUACGAUGUCAUUUACGUAGCUAUGUACGCGUGUUGGAGCCGUUUGUAUUGACCAUGCUAAGCAAGAACAUUAUUCGUCGACCUACUGAAAAAAAGAUCCCACAUGAGCAUCAAGUGCUCUAUAAUAAUAACACCAAUAACGAUAAUGCGGAACAAGUGGAUGCGAUUGUGUCGUAUUAUUUAUACAUGCGGCCCUUUGACACGGCGACCGUCGAAUACAUGUUCAAGCAUCUGAUUUCAUUGGUGAACUUUGGGUCGUUGGGGUUUCUCAAGACAUGCAAGAAUCAUCGAGUGGUGGCCGGUGCUGGAGGAGCAAUGCCUGAGUUGAUUGAAUCUUCUUUGGCAGAAGACACCGGACUAUCGUUCCUAGAACUACUGGUUCAGAUUUCACUAAGGUAUCUGGAGACCGAGCCAUGUGACAAGUACAAGUCAAGCAUGCUCAAGUCAGUGCGCAGUAUCCAACUGCAUGCAGCGGAGCUACUUUACCAGACGAUAUCGAAAUUGGACCAUGUUGAUAUGAAGCUGACACGACUGAUUCAAGAAAGCGUGCUACGCAAACUAUUAUUUUGCAUAUCGACCAGCGAUUUGGAACUGCAGCAAAAGCUACUACACUUGUUGCAUGCAACGAUGGCCAUCAUUGCAGCAGCAGCAGCAGCAGCAGCAGCAGCAUUCAACAAAACAGCAACAAACUCACCUGACCAUCGUUCUUCGUCCUAUCGUCGGAAAACCUCUGUGGAUAGUACUACGACGACGAUAACGCAACAGAAUGAAGCUGCACUCUUGGCACAAUAUGCAAGCGACGCCGUGCCUCGUGCUGCUGCAUCAUCAUCAUCUUCUUUAUCAUCGCAUCAUCAGCAUCAUCAUCCACCCGCAUCUAUCGCCCAAGCCAAUGCCAUUGAAGCCAUCGAUGUAGCCACUUGUACAUCCGCUUUGUUUGUGAAAUGUACGACGGAUGCGUUCAUGCUGACAAGCAAUCGACCCAUUCUACAACACUGGAUGGAUUUUGUGCUUGCUUCGUUACCGCAUAUGCGCGGUGGUUUCCGACAGAUGGUGAUUCCCAUCCUGAUGUGUGUCUGUGAACAAAUCACCAUGUGUCACACUGCUGUACGACUCUUGAUGCAUGGUGAUAUGGCGUCUCUAUCAGCGUCGUCCUACGCCUCAGAAUAUACCAGCAAGAAUAAAAACAACAACAAAAGACAUCAUCAUGGCCCUUAUCUACAAGAAACGAGCGCCGUCAUUGGUGGACCUGAGCAGGAUAUUUUGGUGUUUUUGAACGGUAUUGAAAAGAUCUUGUUAUUUUGUUUGAUGGACCGUACACUCAACGAUGACUGGCAUCCAACAACAACAACAACAACAACAAACGAUCAAUCACCCUUGUUACUACCCAUCCCUCGAGUCGCAGACAAUUCCACACUCAAGGGAUUCGCCCAACUCGUCCAUUCUGACGAGUUACUGGUUCGUAACAGCAACAACAACAACAAUACCACCAGAGCACGUGACAUUAUGCUGUAUCAUUUACCGAUUGUCCUCCACAUCUUACUCGAUGUGUGGCGCGUCUUUCGCCAACCGCAUUGGGAUAAAGAAACAUCUGCCGCACUUGGAGUUGCCAAGAUGGAUGCGGUACUACAAAGUUUUGCGUAUGCUGCAGAUCAUGUCAAGGCCCGACUCGAAACCAUCUUUGAACGUCUCUACAAGUAUUGUCCGCUCGAUUACAUUGAAGGCUUCACUGAAAUCUUUUUCAUGGAAAACCCCAUUGCUUUGGAAUAUGAAGCGUCACCGAAUCAUUUUGAUUUGAUGGCGAUUGAAGUCUUGUCCCAGACACCGACGAGCUCGCCACAUCAUAUCUUGUCGACUCUUUUGGAUGGUAUUCGUCAACGGACGCCCGGCAUGCAGGUCCAUCGCCGAAGACAUAUUCAACGUACUGGCAAAUUAACGGACACAUCGAUAUUACGGUUUGCGGAAAUAUAUUCCAGCAAUUUAUUGAAAACGGAUACCCUGGCUUAUUUAUGGCCAUUGAUGCACUCGUUUGCUAAAGACUAUCUGUCACAGGCACAAGCAUACAAAACCAUCUUUCCGGGCCUGUUGCGGUUCUUGACCGUAGCUGUGGAUGGACUGACACGAAAUUCUCGUGCGAGUGGUUCAGCAACGCCUACAUCAACAACAACAACCGGAGUGAUGGAAGACCGUAAAGCACGACGUGAUGCACAAGAUCUAUAUCAACGAUGUGUCGACUAUUGUAUAUUGAUUGCCGGACGAUCAUUUGACCAAGGAUUAUGGUUACGACGAUCCACCAAUGUAUAUGAUGGUGGUGGUGGUGGUGGUGGAUUAGGAGGGAGUGCUUUAGACAUCACCACUGCAAGUAAUCUCUCCACAACAGGAUUAGACGAUGGAUCACCAUCGACACCGACAGAUACUUUAUCUUUGUCAGACACCAUGAGCGAGCAUCAUCAUCAUCAUCAUCACAACAACAACAACAUUGUGCGCAACUUGUCCUCAAGCAAUGUGUCAGAAUUGGAAAAGAAGGCUAGUUGGAAAUCGCGUGAGGAUGUCAUGAUUGCUCAAGUCAAUGGAUAUCUCGCAACCACCGUCAUACCCAACUUGCCGCAAUUGAUUGGUGAUCAAGACAGAAUCAACUCGUUGCUUAAUAACCUGGUGUAUUAUGUCAUUGGGCCUGCUUUACGAACACGCGCAGUAUUCAGCAAAAUCGCAGUCAUACUCGAUCAGAUUUGCGAAAUGACACACUUGACAUUCAGUUACAAGACCUGGCGCAAAGAAGUCUGGGAAGUGUUUCUAGACAAUCGAUUUUUCUACAUGAGCGCGACGACGGCCAGAAAAUGGCGACAGAUCAUCCAAACCGUGUUUUCGUUGGAAAAAGAGACGCGAUUCACUGAAUUGAUGAGUCGAGUGACGACCUCGCCCACAUCCAACACGGCGUUCUUUACGACCAGCAAAGAUCAAGAAACAUUGAACCGUGCAUUGAACCUGCGACGCUUAUCAUAUGUCAUCUUUUGUGGCAACAAUGACCAAUAUGUGCCGCAAUUGCCAAUCAUUCAAGAAAAGCUCGUCGAACUGCUCAAAUUGGAUCACGGCGAAAUGGUCCAUGCAGAGAUUUAUCUUUGUUUGCGUAUCAUGUUGGUUCGGUUUUCUCAAAAGCAUUUGUUGAACUUUUGGCCUGUGCUUAUCACGGAAUUGAUGCGUCUCUUUAAUGCAUUCUUGUACAACAACGUGAACGAUCGUCCCGAGGAAGCACAGAUCGCACUAGCGGGAUGCAAAUUCUUGGACCUGCUCUGUGCACUCGAACUUGAUGCUUUCCAAAUAUACGAAUGGAUCUUUAUUCGAGACACAGUAGCCUCUUCGAUUAUUAACCAAUCCCAAAACAACAAAGAGCAAGCAGGACCGACACCCAUGAUGGAUAAGCUGAGUGAAAAGCUAGCAGAGACGAGUGACAGUGUCACUAGCCAGACACGAGCAGUCUUUGACGCGUUUCCCAACGACACCAUGACGAUGACGACGACGACGACAACAAGCGACUAUCGACCUAAUGCAAUGACGCCUAUUCCUUCGUUGGGACAAUUGAAAAGACCCAUGUUGACAAUGCGGAGUAUCAGCAGCAUCCAACAAUUGGCGUUUUUUGUCGAACAUGUUUCGUUGUAUGCAUACCAAUGUUCAUUUACCCUAGCCCAUCCGGAUAUGCCUUUCAUAGAGAGUUUGUUGCAAACAGACUUGUUAGAAGGCGAUAUCGAAAGUGAUUUUGCUUCUUCCUAGCUAGCCGUCCCCUCUAAAAUAUAAAAAAUUAAAAACGAGUGUUGUCAUGACAUCACGAUUACUGCGUUGUUCCCCCC